CUUUUUCAUAAUUAGUUCUCAUAUUUUAUCGCAUUAAAAUUAUUUUAAAAAAAUAGUCUAAGGUUUUUUAUCCUGCCGUGGAAAAGGAAUGAAUUUGAUAUAAAAAGAAUUCUCUAAACAUAAUGAAUAGUACAGAUUUUUUCAUCACACCUCUGGAAACUUUUCAUUUUAUUUCAGUUUUCAGUUCGGUGACGAUUUUAAGUAAUAUAUUUUAUCAUGAAAAUUUACUACAACAAAAUGAUACAAUGAAACCAAUUCCAAUUGUAAAUAGUCUUUGUGAAUAUUUACAUAAUAAUAAUAAUAAUAAUAAUAGUGAAAAUUCCAUAAUUACACUUGGCAAGAAAUUAUUAAAUAACACCAAACUUUAUGGAUCUAAUGAAAAUGAAACAAUUCACAUUGAAUAUGUAAAUACAAUGUUUGAUCAUAUUAUUACAUCGAUUGUAUUUUCAAAAUUUGGAAAUACUUUUGGAUAUUUGGCAGCAAUAGUUAAUUCAACAAAUAAUUUAACAUUGUCAUUUAUAAAGAAAAAAAUUAUCAAAGAUCUCAAUGAACAAACAUUUAUGAAUCAAGAUUAUACAAUUUCAACACUCAAUCAAUUUUCAAUUAAUAGAAUAACUGAAAAAUUAAUUUUUCCAUUAUUUCCUGAAUUGGAAAAUAGAACUGAAUUAAAAAUAAUUGAUAUUGAUUAUAUGUACGCACAAGCUGGUUUAAUGUUUGUUCGAAGUACAAGAAUAAAUUUAUACAAUACUUCUUUUGAAGAAUAUAUCAUAAUAUCACAAAGUAUAGAGCAAGGUGUUCGUUUUGAUGAAUUAAAUAAUACUGCAUUAACAAUUUUUCAACUUCCUGCACUUUUAUAUUAUACUUAUAAAAAGUCAGAACUUUUAAAGAACACAUCAUUUCAUAUUUUGAUAAAUGAUGUUGAUUUUUGGAAUUCUUCAUUUAAUCUUUUAUUCACCGAUUUGGAUGUUGAACGACAAAAAAUUGAUAAUAUACAAAAAAAAAAUCCAUUUUAUCAAUUUCAAAAAGCACUUUUCUCUUAUAGAAAUCGUACCGAAUAUGCUGAUUAUCUUUUAAGACGUAUGUGCCCACUUGAAAAUGAAUUUGAAUAUGAAAUUGAAGUUAAAAAUUAUAAAUAUAAUAAUGCAAAUUAUAAAUGUAAAACAGACAAUCUUCCAAUGCCGGAUAUUAAUGAACUUUUUUCACAGGAAAAUGAAUUUAUUGCCAAUCUUUAUUCUUAUGCUGAAAUAAGUUUAAUUAAAGAGGCAUUUAGUAAUGAUUUAUUAAAUCUAAUUGAUCAAUCAAAUGUAAUUAUUUCGCAAUUAGAAAUAUCGAAUAAAUUUGGAAAUUCAAAACAAGAAUUAAGAAAUGAUACAAUUAUAUUUGAAAUUACUGUUAAUAGUACAAAUUCAUCAAUGUAUGCAUUAAUUUCAAAAAAUAAUAAUGUAAAAUUAUAUUCUGCUGAAAAUAAUCAUGAUUUAUUCAUGGAGAUAAUAGGAUUAAAAUCCAAUACACAAUUUAUUGUAUCAAAACCAAUGAAAUUAAUUUAUGAAAAAUCUAAUAAAUUUUUUAAUAAUAUUAUUGAACCAAAGAGAAUGGAACUUUAUAAUUUUCUUCAAAAAAUUAAUUAUGAAUCAACAGAAAAAGAGAAAAUUGUUGAAUUUUUAAAAAAUUUUAUACCAUUUUAUACAUGUUAUAAAGUAUCGAAAACAGAAUCUUUAAUAAAAGCAAUAUGUGCAUGUUUAAUUGAUACAUUGAUAGUAAUUCCAUUCAUAGGACAAGCAGCAUAUAUUGGAAUUAAAUUUACAAGUGCAGCAAUAAAACCAUUAUUAAUGAAUUUUCAAAAAAGUAUGCUCUCAUUUAAUAUUGGUCAAUUUAUUGGUGUAACAUUAAAAACUGGUAUUUUAAAUUUAGCAUCACAUAGUGCAAAAGAAUUAUCACAAUUAAUUACUAAAGAUUUAUUUAAAAGUAUUAGCAUAUCAUUAGCACGUACAUUAGAUCCUGGAAUUGAAUUAUCUUAUAUAUUAGGAAAAGUUGGAAUAACAUCAAUAAUUAAAUGUUUUGGAAUAAUAGCAGGAAAAAUAUCAUCAUUACCAAAAGUGAUAACAUCAUUGAAUAAAAUAAAACAACCAAUUAUAAUACAAGCAGGUACAUUUAAUGGUCAUACUUUGUAUGUUAAUAGUAUUUCCGGUAAAGAUGGUUUUGGAGUUAAAUAUUUUCAUUUUAAUGAUAAAAUAGUUGAAUUAAGACGAAUUCAUGGUUAUCAAAAUGAAAUGCCCGUUGUUUUAAUAAGUAAUUCAAAUAAUCGUAGAAAAAUUUAUAAAAUAAUAGAUUUAAAUAGUGGUGAAUUAAAAUCAAUAAAUUGGAAAAUGAAUGAAGAGAAUAUUUUAAAAAUUGAAACAUCACCAUUGGCAGUUCGUUUAAAAACAAUUCAAGUCGAGGGACUCAGUGGAAGAGGAUUAAUUAAUUCACGAUUCGAAAGACAAAUUAAUUAUAUGGAAAUGAAACAAAAUAUUGUAAAAGAAUGGAAAGAUCGUAUCAAUGAUCAAGUAAUUAAUCAUGUAUUAAAAUAUUAUGUUUUAGAAGAUGAUGCACUUAGAAGACAAGUUUUUAAUUAUAUUGUUGAAUAUAAACAUAUGCCAACGUGGAUAAAUGAUUAUAAAUUAACUAAUGUUGAGAAUUAUGAAAAAUUACGAUAUAAUAAUUAUGUUGAGGAUAUUCUAUUAACUGAAGAAGAAGCUGUUAAACAUAUUUCUCAUAUGUAUAGAAAUCAAUAUAUUAAAAAUAUUAAUGAAAUGUCACCAAGUUUUAUGUAUGAAUUUUAUCAAGUUAAUCGAUUGCAGAGUAUUGUUAAUUUUCAAGAUUUUUAUUCAAUAGGAACAUAUUUAGUUCAUGGUCCUGAACGUGCUUUAUUAGAUAAUCCAGAAGGAUGGUUUAUUUUAAAUGCAUUUAAUAGAAUGGCAUUGAGACUCGCAGAUUUUCAUACAGAAAAUAUACCAAGAAUUUUUUAUAGACAUGAAAAAAGUACAACAAACAUUGUUAAUACACAUAAGGAAGGAGCAUAUUUAGAACUUAAUUUAUUGACUAAUUUAGAAAAGAAUUUUGAUAAUGCACUUAAGAAUGUGGAAAAAUUUACAUUUAACAAUAAUGAAAUUAAUAUUUUAUAUGAAAUUAUAAUUGAUAAUACCUAUAUGUUUAUUGAUAUAGAAAGAAUAUUAUCGGUUAUAAAAGCGCCAGCAGUACUUUUGCCGAAUUCUCUAUUUGUUAUUGAAAAAGGAAAAUAUGAAUUAUUAAAUGAAAAAUUAGUAUAUAAAGUAACAAUAAAAAAUGUUCUAAUGAGUAAAUCAAAAUGGCUGGCAACAUUAAAUAAAAAUAUUGAAAUUUUAAAUGAACGUAUUGAUGUUUAUAAUAAUGUUAUAAAUGAUUUUGAUUUAAAUUUACUUAAUUAGAUUUAAUUUUUAGAAAUUAAAAUUGUCAUUAAUAAAUCAUUUUGUAAUAAGGAUUUUUUUUAU